GAAGUUUUUCUUCCGCCAACCAGUGGCCAACGUUCCUCAAUGAGUGCCAGGCUCCUACGGAAUUCACGACUAAUUGUCUCACGAAAUGCCCUAAUCAACAUCCCCCGAGUCACCACGCCAAUCCUGCGACGUUCUUAUGCCUCUCCUUCCAUCUCAACAAGAGGUGAAAGUCCAUGGGCCAAAGCAGCUAUAUACAGUCUCGGCGCCGUAGGCGUAGGGUGCCUUGCAUACGCAGGUUUCGACGCCUACGAUUCAUGGCGCAACAUGUUUCCCGAGGAGGUCAGGCUGCCGUUGAAGCGUGGCAUCGCAGCAAAGAAUGCAGGGGACUCUGAAGGGAGCAUUGCGCACAAACGGGAAGCAUGGGCGAUUGCACGCACUCUACCAAUAUCGUCUUUCCAGCCGCCUGACCCUUAUUUCAAGCUUACUGGGAUAGCAAUCGACCUGGCUGGAGAACUCGAGGAAACUGGAGACAUAAGCGGCGCAUAUACCCUCUAUUCUGAAGCCCUCGACAAGCUUCGCGAAGCGGACGGACUGAACACGCAAGAGCGGAUGCGGGGUGUUGGAAUCGCGUUGAAGCUGGGCUGGCUGGUCGAACAGUCACAAAGCGAAGAAGGCGGAAAGCUCGUUGUGAGCAAGGAAGAAGAAGAACGGGUGCGAGUGUGGCCCGUCCAGGAGGUUUUAAAAAUUUCUCUGGAAGCGCAGCGACAAUCCACUGGCAAGGAAGCUGAAUCUGUUGACUUCGCGACGCUCCAGCUGCCAGAAGGCAUGUCUAAAACCGAUAUAUGCGUGCCGUUAGUCAAGCUGGGGGAGUUCUAUUCGAAGCACGGAAAGCCACAGUAUGCCAUGCCGCUUUAUCUUCAGGCCGCAACGCUUCUUGUAGCCAACGGAGGUGCUUCUGUACCCCGAAAUGACCUGUGCAACGGGGCGCGUAUGAUGAACACUAUCGCGCAACUCGUCAUAACAGCCCAACCAACUCAAGAAGGGCUCACCGCUGCCGAAACAUGGACAGCGCGAUCGCUGAAUAUUCUCAAGCUCGCCCAGGAUCAAGCAAAAGGCUCUCCUACCGACGGGACAUGUGAGACUGCCCUCGCAGUUACGCUGAUAAAUGCGGGCAUGCUGCGUGAGAUGGCUGGGGAUGGUAAACAAGCACACGACUUCUUGUCGGCAGCAAUGAAGCAAGCCAAGGCUAUAGGGCUAGAGGAUGGCGUCGCUGAGAUUCAGAAAGCCAUUGACCGAGUAGCUCAAAAGCAAAAGGUCUAG